AUGGGUAAUACACCAGAAGACUUGUCACAAGUUGAGGGUAACAGUCAAGGACUGACUGUUAUCCUCAGAGUGACCUUUGAGAUAUUGAAAAAAAAAGUGGACAUCAGGAAGUGGACCUGGACCAGACAUGUAAUUAGGAAGAAUAAUAUAACAUGGAUCAGGCUAUUUAUGGAUUGGUAUCCAAGACAACACGAGAAGACAGGAUGUCCACCGACAGACUGGGACACAAAUGAAGAAGACCUGGGAAGGAGCAACCUGGAAGAAAGUAGCAUUGGAGAGGAAAGAGUGGAAACAGAUGGGACAGGUUCAUUACUCAGUAUGGUUGCAAGAGAAGCUGAAUGCGGUACACUAGGAGGCCGUGGUGGCGGAAGCCGCGAACUGUGCCAGCGAGACCGUUCCCCCCUCUCGAGAGCCCCCCUUCCGCCAGUCCUCGUCCGGCUCGGGAGAAGAAAGGUCGUUUGGGAUCGGAACUAUCGUCAAAAGGACAAGGACGCUAAAUUUAAAUAG